UUAGUCUCCAAGUCGGAGCUCCAACAACCUGGAACUACGCGACAAACAGCACCGAGGAGACGGGGUACCCGUACCAUGCAGCCCGGGGAGGAAGACAAUCUGGGUCCGUUGAUUUUUGAUCCCUUUCUUCAUUGACGGAGUAUUUUUCUCUUUACUGCAAUCUCAUUUAUCUGACAUACCUUCACUCGUUCGCGCACCCGUGCGCGCUCUCCCAUCGCCAUACGGAUACGCGGAGCUCUUUCUCUUCGCGCUUUUCUUUUGCAAUUAAACAUUAACCCAUCAAAGGAGCUAAAACAUUAAGGGAAACACCUGGCAAAAUGGAUUUAUUCUCCAUUCCACCCCGUGUCGGCUGGUGGAGGGUCUUGUUUCUCUUGAGCAUCUUCCAAGAUUACAUGAGCUCCAUGUUGGACUGCCCGCCGACCUGCACUUGUUCGGUUACGGACAUCUUUUGCAAUAAGUCUUACAAAGGGAAUUUCUUUCCCCUGCUGGCACUACAGGACACAGGGAGCGACGGGAAUACCACCAACAGCCUCCAGGACCUGUAUGAGAACAUCACAUCAAUACAUAUUGAGAACUGGUCGGGCUUGCAGACGUUGAGCAGUCUGGACAUGGAGCUAUACACUGGCCUUCAGAGACUGAGCAUUGUGAACUGCAACCUACGUGGGAUUCAGUCGCGAGCGUUUGCCAAGAACCCCAACCUGCGUUACAUAAACUUGUCCAGGAAUCCCCUGGCGACUCUUUCCUGGCAGCUCUUUCAGCAUCUUCAACUUUCAGAACUGAAGCUGGAAGGAGUCGUGUUUAACUGCAGCUGCCAAAUCCGCUGGAUCCAGCUGUGGCAGCAGAGAGGCGAAUCUGGACUCCAUAACCAGCAGUUGUACUGUAACAAUGGCUUUUACAAGAUCCCCCUACAGCUGAUGAACAUCUCUCAGUGUGAUAUACCAGAGAUGAGCGUAAGUCACAGUAACCUGACGGUGAUAGAAGGAGACUCGAUCACAGUCACCUGUAAUGGUUCAGGGGUGCCGGUACCAGAAGUAGAUUGGACUGUAAAUGGACUUCACUCCAUUAAUACUCACCAAUCCAAUCAAUACCCACCGAAUGUUCACUCUAUCAACUUAACUCUGGUCAACGUCAGCCGGGAGGAUAACGGUUUCAUGCUGACCUGCAUUGCAGAGAAUAUAGUUGGGAUGACUAAUUCCUCCAUACAGCUGUCAGUUCAAUAUCCUCCUGUCAUUAUUAAGUUCGAGGAACCUGAGAAAUGGCACGACACUUGUAUGCUCUUCACGGUGCGCGGGCAUCCCCUGCCCACCUUGCGGUGGUUUUAUAAGAGCGUGGAGUUGAAGCCCACCGACUACAUCCACCCAGAGAUGGCAGUCUAUCAGGACAAUCUGGAGGGAUGCCUUAAGUUUCAAAACCCCACCCACCACAACAAUGGCAACUACACACUAGAGGCCCGCAACUCUCUGGGUGUGGCGGUCAAAACUGUUUGCGCCCACUUCCUGAAGCCACCUUUUGUAGACUACAUAGAUUAUGUGAGUCCCGCUGUUCCAACCACAACACAUCGGCCCGAAGAGGACACAUUUGGUGUGUCGAUUGCGGUUGGCUUGGCUGGCUUUGCCUGUGUUCUCCUUGUCGUCAUGUUUGUGCUAAUCAACAAAUAUGGCAGGCGUUCAAAGUUUGGCAUGAAAGGACCGGUGGCUGUAAUCAGUGGAGAAGAAGACUCGGCCAGCCCUCUCCACCACGUCAACCAUGGCAUCAUAACCCCAUGCACCCUGGAUGCCGGGCCAGACGCCGUGGUGAUUGGCAUGACGCGCAUCCCAGUCAUCGAGAACCCGCAGUACUUCCGGCACGGUCCUAAUUGCAACAAGCCCACCACUUAUGUACAACACAUUAAGCGCAGAGACAUCGUGCUCAAGAGAGAACUUGGAGAGGGGGCUUUCGGGAAAGUGUUCCUGGCUGAGUGCUACAACCUAAGCCCCACAAAGGACAAAAUGCUAGUGGCUGUCAAGACCUUGAAGGACCCCACCCUUUCGGCGAGAAAAGAUUUCCAGCGAGAGGCCGAACUGCUGACUAACCUUCAGCAUGAACACAUAGUCAAGUUUUACGGUGUCUGCGUGGAUGGCGACCCUCUCAUCAUGGUCUUUGAGUACAUGAAGCACGGAGACCUCAACAAGUUCCUCAGAGCUCAUGGUCCAGACGCAAUGAUCCUGGUUGAUGGGCAGCCACUGCAGACCAAUGGAGAACUGGGACUGUCUCAAAUGUUGCACAUAGCCACUCAGAUUGCAGCAGGGAUGGUCUACCUGGGAUCUCAGCACUUUGUACAUCGUGACCUGGCAACACGAAACUGCCUGGUGGGCAACGGCCUUCUCGUGAAAAUCGGAGACUUCGGAAUGUCGAGAGACAUCUACAGCACGGAUUACUAUCGGGUGGGAGGUCACACCAUGCUGCCCAUUCGCUGGAUGCCACCAGAAAGCAUCAUGUACAGGAAGUUCACGACGGAGAGUGACGUGUGGAGCUUCGGUGUCAUCCUCUGGGAGAUCUUCACCUAUGGAAAGCAGCCAUGGUUUCAGCUGGCAAAUAAUGAAGUAAUCGAAUGUAUCACACAAGGACGUGUACUGGAAAGGCCACGACUUUGUCCCAAGGAGGUGUACGACAUCAUGCUGGGGUGCUGGCAGAGGGAACCCCAGCAGAGGUUGAACAUCAAAGACAUCCAGAAAAUUCUUUAUGCCAUGGGCAAAGCCACACCCGUCUACCUGGAUAUCUUGGGCUAGUGUUUGUUGGAAUUCGUUUGUCUGUCUGCGUCAAUCCAAAAAAGAGGAACAACCUGGGAAUACCCCAAAACGACAUGUACCUUACUGCUUCACUGUCAGACACCUACAACCCGGGGAUGGACUUAAGUGCCUGCUACUUCUUUCGAUACACUGGAUAACAGUCUUUAAAAAGCACUUUUACAUUUUGUUUACCUGCAUAUAAAAUGUACAGACCUGCGGUAAGAAAAAGAGUCGUACGCUAUUUCGUUCUUUUCAUUUUGGUAAGAAGAGCCUACUUUUCGAUUCUAAGGAAAUCCCAACUAAAAUAUGGAAAACGAAGAAAGAUGUGUUUCCUGACUGCUUGAGAAAACUCCCCCUGUGGUUACUUGGUUUUCAUUUUAUAAAAAAAAAUAUAUUUUUAUUUAUUUUAUUUCUCCGAGUAUGGACGUCUGCCAUGUUUCCCGCUGAGGGUAUCUCAGCUUUUGGAUAUGACCGCUCGCCGUUGCCACUUCAGAUGAUUGGCAAGGACUUUUUCGUGGAAAAGCCUUACUGCGUUCUGAUCGGCCGGAUCUUCUCUUUGACCCUUCUGGAAGUAUCCAACAGGGCUUUUAAAUACAAUGAGGAGCUUUUCGGUGAACGGAUUAACUUGAAGGAGCAAA